AUGGAACCAUUGACCCAACCCGUGACGGCAGCCCAGCGAGCCCUUGGGCUUAGCGAAAUCCUUCGCAUAAUAUUCGACCAAAAUACUCCCACAGAAAGUGAAACGAUCUCCCAUCAUUCGGACUUGCUGAGAUGGGCACUCGUGAAUAGCCGCUGGUAUAGCGAGGCUAUUCCCCUCCUCUGGGCUUGCCCAUGCAUUCCCCUCGAUGAAAUCAUGGCAAAGCCCUCACCCGAGCGUCGUCAAUACUAUGCCAACUACGUGACUCAUGCAAUGGUAGUCUACCACUCUCAGUCUCAGAAGGACGCCUUUGCGGAAAAUGGUCUACUCGACGGGCUUGUGUUUCCUAAAUUGACCAGGAUAUUUGCGGAUAUCUACGCACCGAGUGCUCGAGAAUUCCAUGAACGCUUUAGCUUUUACAUGGACAAUUUUGAGAGGCUUGUGUGUGAACUUGAAGGAUCGACUAUUUUGGACCAAGUCUUUCUGCCUAUCACCAAACUCAUGCCCGGCCUUAGGAAGAUGGGCCUCACAUAUGAGAUGCUUCUUGGGGAGUACGUAGACUGCUGCUACUUUGUAGGAGAAAUUCAGAUUGCUCAGAACAAUCAAACCACAGCACCUAAAAACCUUCAUUGGUUUCAUCGAGACGAGCCCUUUGAACAUGAGUGGGACGGCGCUGAGGAUUGGAUCCAUAUGAGACUGGGGAGCUUCGCCAGGAAGACAUUUGACUCGACGUAUGAAGUUAUACGUUGA